AAAAAACUCCCCCGUUUUAAGUUUGGCCGCGCGUGUUCUCAAACUGUGCGCUUGUAAAAUGGCGUUCCGAAUCUGAUAUCACAGUUGUAAUUCGGUGAACGCAGUAGAUAUAUUACGCGAGAAAAGGAGAGAGGUGCUUUUUAUUUAACUUGAGAAUCUCAAGAGUCAAUUUUUGCAGUAGAAGAGUGUUUUUUUUAGAGGUUAAGAAAAUGUCUGAGAACGGAAAAAGGAAAGACGAGGAUGUCAGAGCAUCAGACGACCGCGACGAAUCUGAGACCCACGCGCCGCCUAAGAAAGUGGCAAAGCCAGCGGACGAGAUUGAGGACAUCUUCAUCUGCAAUUUAGAUAAGAAUCGGAGAGUCUUUGUGAGGAAUUGCAAUGGGAGGAUUUGGAUUGCCAUUCGUCAGUUCUUUGUCAAGGACGGUAUAACUUUACCUUGUAAUAGCAAGCAAGGGCCAGCUAUAUUAGUUUGCUUUCUUUGCAUAAUCAUGUUGACAAGAUUUUCGAUGUCUCCUAUAUGUUGCAGGUAUCUCUCUAAGCCUGGAACAGUGGAACGAUCUUCGGAACCAUGAGGAGGAUAUCGAUAAGGCCCUCUCUGAGCUUUCUGAGGUUUAAAAGCUUGUGUAAUCGGGUAUUGGAAGGUGGCUUUGGUUGUUUUGGUUUGUUUUUCAGAACAACACCAUGUUCUGCAAGUGUUAGCUGCUUCGAGUUAGUUCAUGUGUUGAAUCUAUUAUUUGAUGUUGAUUACUCUUUUAUUUGAUGUUGGAUUUACAACUUGAGAUACGUUGCAGGAAUACAAGCAUUCAUUUUGAU